AUGCAAUGGAGGUCGCUGCUUGGGGUCGGGCGCAGCCUGGCCACUGCGCGGCCGCCGAAGUCGCAGUAUUUGCACAGACGUCCAAACGCCCCCCCACCUCCCACGCCCGCCACGCCCCCAACAGCGCCCCCAACAGCCCCCUCCAGUGCACCCUCAGCUGUGCGGCAAGCUCCCGUGGUGCAGGCAACGCAGGCUGUGCCGUCUGCAGUCCCAAGCAGGGAGCCAGAUCCUGAUCGCCAGGAGCGCUAUGGCCCCUUAGAUGUAAAUCUGAAGCCGCGGGACCAGCUGAGGCCCCUUCUGCCGACAUGGAACCCGCCCCCAACGCGGCGACCACAGCCUGAAGAGUUGGAGGUGAGCACGCGGCUCCGCUUCCUUUUCGAGGAGCGCUGGUGGGCUGCCACCGUGCGUGAGGCCUACGAGGCUGAGGUCCGCGUGGGCUUCGAUGGCUGGCCAAGCCGUCAUGACCAGAUCGUGCCCCGCGACAGUGGCCGCUUGUUCCUCCACGAGUCUUUCCACGAAGACUAUGAGGCGCCCCCAGCACCGCAGCGCUUCCAGCGGCCCACGGCCACUGACGCAGAGGGCAACCCGCUCCCAGCAUUGCCUCGGGCCCCGAAGCCCAAAAUCUAUGACCCGGAGAAGGAGCGGAUGAAGCGGGCCCUGCGGCCGCCUUUGCCCUUCAACCCCGAGAAGGAGCGACUGAAGCGACUCCUACGCGGCCAGAACGUUCCACCCGAGUGA